AUGACAAAGUACUACCAGCAUGUCCUGUCCUUGGUUUUUGCUGUAAAGGAGAUCAAUGAGAAUCCCAGCAUCUUACCAAAUGUCACCCUUGGAUUCCAUAUCUAUGACAGCUACAAUGAUGCUCAGAUGACGUAUCGUACCACUUUUGAACUCCUCUUCAAAUCAUAUAGCUUCGUUCUCAAUUAUGUCUGUCAAAGCCAUAAAAAACCAUUAGCCAUCAUUGGGGCGCUUGACUCUAAGACUACAUUCCGCAUGACAACCAUCUUAAGUAUCUACAAGAUUCCACAGCUCGCAUAUGGCUCAUUUUCCCUACUAAAGGCUGAGAUGGUGCAACUCCACUCCUUUUAUCACAUGGCACCCAACGCAGACCUUCAGGAUAAUGGGAUUAUUAGUUUGCUUAAGCACUUUGGGUGGACAUGGGUGGGGCUUUUUGUAAUGGAUGAUGACCGUGGAGGGGGAAAAAUGGAGGCAUUGCUUUCACAGAGCGGAAUAUGUUCAGAUUUCACAAUACAAAUUCCAAGCCAAAAACAUAUUGAUGACCGAAAUGGAUGGAAUAAUUUAAUCCAUAAGCUGUAUCAUAUAUUCAAGUUUUCAAAAUCCAGGAUUUUUGUCAUUUAUGGUAAAACUGGUGCCAUUCUUUGGGUGUAUGUUCAUAUUACUCAAGGAGCUCUUGCAGAUACAAACAGUGCAUUGAUUGGAAAGGUGUGGAUUACAAUUGCUGAGGCUGAUUUUAUUUUAGAAAGCAUUAACCGGCAUGACAAUUUGCAAAUGUUCAACGGGGCUCUUUCCUUCCAUAUUCAUUCAGCUGAGCCUCCAGAGUUCCAGACAUUUCUUCAGACCUUAAAACCUGGUUGGACAGCAGCAGAUGAUUUAUUCAAGGAAUUCUGGGAGCAAGCAUUUGACUGUUCCCUUCCAGAUCCCAGGAUUUCAUACAAAGUUUCUGGAACAUGCACAGGGGAGGAGAGGUUGGAGAGCCUCAUUCCACCUCUUUUUGAGAUGCGCAUGACUGGGUUAAGCUAUGGCAUUUAUAAUGCUGUCUAUGUUUUGGCACUUGCUGUACAGGCCUUGUACGCAUCUAGGCUGAAUCGCAGAGCAAUGAUUGAUGGUAACAAGAGUGAUCUUCAAUAUUUGCAGCCUUGGCAGAUCCCUCCUCUUUCAGUCUGCAGUAUCUCCUGCAUUCCUGGUUAUCAGAAGAGUAAGAGGGAAGGGGAUAAAUUUUGCUGCUAUGAUUGCAUUCCCUGUCCAGAAGGGAAGAUUUCCAACCAAACAGACAAAGGUGAGUGCUUCCAGUGCCCAGAUGAUCAAUAUCCAAGCAGGAACCAGGAUCAUUGUAUCCAUAAACGUAUAACCUUUCUCUCCUUUGAAGAAACAUUAGGGAAGAUUUUUACUUCAGUCGCCAUUUUCUUAGCACUGAUCACCGUUUUGGUUCUUGGAAUUUUUGUUCUACACAAUGACACUCUCAUAGUCAAAGCCAACAACAGGGAGAUCACUUACACUCUCCUUGUCUCCCUCUUGUUCUCCUUUCUCUCUUCUUUCCUGUUCCUUGGCCCGGCUGGGAAAUUCACAUGCCUUUUCCGACAACCAGUUUCUGCUAUCAGCUUCACUGUGGCUGUUUCUUCUGUGUUAGCCAAAACCUUCACUGUGAUUUUAGCUUUCAUGGCUACCAAGCCCAGUUCCAAGAUGAAAAAGUGGGUGAAGAAACGAGUGGCAAGCUCAAUUGUCGUAUCUUGCUCCUUCAUUCAAGUGGGCAUUUGUGCCAUCUGGAUUGGAACUUUCCCCCCAUUCCCAUUUUUAGACAUGAAAUCAGUUACUGAAGAAAUCAUUAUGCAAUGUAAUGAAGGCUCUUCCAUCAUGUUUUAUCUUGUCCUGGGCUACAUGGGAUUUCUGUCCAUCAUCAGCUUCACUGUGGCUUUCCUAGCCAGGAAAUUGCCAGACAUCUUUAAUGAAGCCAAGUUUAUCACAUUUAGCAUGUUGCUCUUUUGCAGUGUUUGGCUGUCCUUUGUUCCCACUUAUCUGAGUACAAAGGGGACAGGCAUGGUAGCUGUGCAGAUCUUCGCUAUCUUAGUCUCCAGUGCUGGGUUGCUCUGUUUUAUCUUUCCCUUCAAAUGUUACAUUAUUCUGCUCAAGCCAGAGCUGAACAGCAGGCAGCAGCUCACCAAGAGGAGAGUAAAGCAUCAAGCUGGUCAUUUAAAUGUCUUACAUUGA